AUGUGGAAAGUAAACGGGCCUCCGCUUGAGCCUCCAAAGAUAAGGAAACGAGAGAAGCCUAGGCAACUGCAAGGCUUAGGUGGAUCAUUGGAUCUCGAGGUGGAGAAUCUUUUGGAAGACUCAGUUAUGUGUAGGUCACGAGCAAAACGUGGUUGUGCUACUCAUCCUCGCAGCAUUGCUGAAAGGGAGAGAAGAACACUGCAAGAACUUGUCCCUAAUAUGGAUAAGCAAACGAACACUGCAGACAUGUUAGAAAAAGCUGUAGCUUAUGUCAAGCAUCUGCAGAAAGAGGUCCAGAUUAUCUGGAAACUUUUCCCUAGGCCACAUCCUUUUACCGUUGUCCCUCUAGCUAGUGGAUAUCAGCCUGGAGAAGAUCUGUAUGGUUGA